CUCUCUCCCUCCCUCGCCCACCCCCCAACCCCGUUUUCAUUCAUCGCAGCUCUCUCUCUCUCCUACUGGCAACUCACUGAAAAGAAUUUCCUUUGUCCACUAAGAAAAGAGUCUGAAGGCCUUGUACUUGAAACGAGUUUCAUGAAGUAAUCCUUUUUUCUUCCAUCAAGAAGCAAGUCACAAUGUUGAAUAAUGGUAACGAGAACUUUCAGGCGAGAGGGUUUUCGACGCCGCCGCCUCAGGGGAAGUGGAGGCGGUGUUCGCCGCCGGUGAGGCAACCUCUCUCGGAGAAGAAGCCUCAGGCGGCCAAAACCGAUCUCUUCCACGUCAUUCACAAAGUUCCCGCCGGCGACUCUCCCUACGUCAGGGCCAAACACGUUCAGCUGAUAGAGAAGGAUCCAAGCAAGGCAAUUUCACUGUUCUGGGCGGCAAUAAAUUCUGGUGAUAGAGUUGACAGUGCCCUGAAAGACAUGGCAGUUGUGAUGAAACAAUUAGAUCGAUCUGAUGAGGCGAUUGAGGCAAUUAAAUCAUUUCGUCAUUUGUGCCCCCUUGAAUCUCAGGAAUCUCUUGACAACGUACUAGUUGAGCUCUACAAGAGAUCUGAUAGGAUUGAAGACCAGAUAGAAAUGCUUCAGCGUAAGGUGAAGAAUAUUGAAGAAGGCAUGGCUUUUGGUGGGAAGAGAUCAAAAUCUGCUAGGUCUCAGGGGAAGAAGAUUCAAAUCACAAUUGAACAAGAGUAUUCAAGGUUAUUGGGGAACUUGGCAUGGGCAUACUUGCAGCAGAAUAACUUCAAAUCAGCAGAAGAGCUUUACAGAAAAGCACUGUCUUUUGAGGCAGAUAAGAACAAGCAGUGCAAUCUGGCAAUAUGCUUGAUGCACAUGGACAGAAUGAUUGAAGCUAAAUUGCUGCUUCAAACCACACAAGCUUCACCUAUAGAUGGACAAUCUGAUGAUUCGUACCUGAAAUCCUAUGAGCGUGCUACUCAAGUGCUGACUGAAUUGGAAUCAAAAUCAGGUGUCGGAAAUAACCAAGAAAACCCAUCAUUUGGACAUGGAAACUUUUCAGAGUCUUCUCCGCGGACACUGUUUGUCGAUGCAUGGAAGAAAGGAUUUUAUAGUGAAAACUCAUAUGAAAGAAAAGUCAGUUUUGGCAGCAAAAGGAAUGACAAAUGCAUUAGUAAUGGUGAGAUAGAACCUGGUUCCUUCAACAAGAAAGCAUAUUAUUCUUCUCCUGUUCCUGGUAGUGGAAUCCCAAAAGUCCCAUUUACUCAACCAAGAUGUUCAUCGUCAUUUAGUCAUGGGGAUCAGCAAAGGGCAUUUUGGAGAGACUUUGGUGUUAGUGGUUGUAGCCGUAAGUUAUCAUUUGAGCAACAAAUGAGCCAUCAAUGUUUUGAUGGGCGAAUGCCAGCUUUUGCUAAGGAAAGGUCAAAAGCUGCUUUGCAAAAAUCAGAAAUUGGUUCACCAAGUGUUAAUGGAAAUUGGAGAAAGACAAUUGUGAAAGGAGACCUAGACGGAAACUGUCGGGAAAAUGAUAGGCAUAAUAAUUUGGCAAGACAAGGGGAAGUUUUCUCUAAUGGGGAUUGGGAUCAGAAAACCAAUAUUUGUACUGCAAACAGUGUGAGAACGACAGAAACAGACGAGACCAAAAGUUUUAUAAGAAACAACUCUGGAAAUUAUGGUAAGUGCCAUGACCCCAUUGAUUUGAAUCCGACAUGUAAGAGUAAGAAGAGUUGGGCAGAUAUUGUUGAAGAAGAUGAACAAGAAUUGUUAGAAUUUGGCGAUGAGAAUGUGAAUUCAAACAUUAGUUGUCCGAAUGUCACUCCACUCAAUGAGAUAGAGAAACUGAGCCGAAAGAUUGAAUCUAUGGAUUUAAAAGAUGGGUAUUACACUCAACCCCAAACUGCUGCUUCAUCAAUGAACAGAACUACGCGACGAUCUUUGUGCUUUGAUCAUCAGCAGAAGUCAUGUCCAUUGGCUUUGAACUUUGAAGGUAAUGAUAACUCUAUGCUGGUAAAUGAAAGGGAGGAUAUAUCCGGAAAUGGCACUACAUUAUUGCGGAGAAACAGGUUGCAGGUGUUCAGGGACAUAACUGUUUCUACCGAAAGUCCACAGCCUUGAACGGAAUUCUGUAUUGAACAAGAGUACCUUCUGUAUAGAACAAGAGUACCUCAUACCACAAAACCCCCCACACCCCAUCAUGCAUUUUUUGGCAGUUCAAUUUUUUUUUCCUUCUCUUCUUGAUUCGUCUGCUUUUUUCGUGUGUAAAGAGUGUAUAUGUAAUGCAUGUGAUGAAAGUUUGUUAAAUGAACUCUUUAAGAUUUGGGUGUUCCA